AUGGCUUCCUGUUCCAGAUGUUGCGGUUCCUCUGCGGACGCAGAAGAUUUGUUGCACCUUCGCGGGAACCCUGGGCCGAAGGUCGAUCGUCAUUGCACGGAUCCCAUCUGCUGCCUGCUGUUUCUGGUAGUCUUUGGGGCAACUGGUGUUUUGCUCAGCGUCCUUUGGCAAGUCGGUGAUGUGCGGCGCAUCAACCAUGGACGUGAUCAUGAUGGCAACUUGUGCGGCCUAAAGGAGAUGGAAAAGAAACCCUUCCUGUUCUACCCAGACUUGGACACGGACUUCAAAAACGAUCCCACUCUCAGUGGACGUUACGGAGUCUGUGUCUCCGAAUGCGCGCAGGAAGGACAGGUGGUGGAAGAUUAUGGCCAUGCCCGGCAGACUUCGUGGCUGGUGCUUCAGCCCUCUUUUCCCGUCUUCCAGCGCUGCUUGCCAUUUCAAAAGCCCACGGUGAAAGCGAGUACUAAGCUCUGUGUGAAGCCAGCAUGUGAAGUCACCUCAGGGGUUCCCUUCAAGCCGGAACAAGUUUGUGGUUUGCAGCGUGAUGGCACCGACAAGUACUGGCUGCUAGAGAAACCUGAUUCUUCCAUCACAGAUGGCUGGCGUGCGGAGGGGGCCUCAGAUGUCUUGAUCCAAUCGCGAGUGUCGAUGGCAAGUAGUGCUUGGCCAUCAAAUACCACGUGCCAGCAGAGGGUCAAGCGGGAGGCGGAGGUAUCAGUGAAGCCGCUGGAUGACAGCGUGGCCAAUAUCUUGUUCACUUCUGUCACCAGCCCAGCCUAUUCCUUUGGCAAUGCAGUGUCCGAGAAUCUGGGACUGGUGCUGGGCCUAGGUGUGGGGGGUGCUGCGCUGCUCUCCGUAGCCAUCAUGCUGAUGUUCCCUGUUUGUGCACCCCCGCUGUUGGUGGUGCUGUUGUUGGUGGUGUUCCUGAUGCUCAUUGCAGCUGACUACAUCCUCUUCGUCCAGGCCAACAUUGCCACAGGACGAACCGGAGCACGUUUCACCAACUUCUUGAAGAGUUUGGACAUCUCGGUUCCAGCUGGAGCGGAAGAUUUGUUGCAGCAUUCCAGUGAUCAGUCAACCACUCAGCUUUUUGCUUUGGGGGCCUUUGCUUUGGCCCUCGUGAUUGCAGUUCUGGCCUGUCUAGUGAUGUCUAUGUCUCGACAGUUCAAGAUAUUGAUCGCCUUGCUGGAAGAAGCUGGGAACAUGAUUCGACGUGUGCCUUCUCUGUUGGCUUUACCCUUGCUUCUGUUGGCCAGCUUUGCAGUCUUCUUCAGCCUCUUUUUUGUGGCCUCAGUAGGCUUGGCGACAGCGUCCCAAGACCAACUGCAAGCAUCCUUGGAGAAAUUCAACCUACCAACCGGAGUGGAAGAUGUGAAGCACUUUCAACAAAUCAGUGCGGUGUGUUUGAUUUUGGUUUUCUUGUGGAUCUACUUUUUCCACAUCGCCUUGUAUCACACCACGAUUGCGCUGACCGUGUCCAACAGCUAUUUUCAGGGUGAUUUGGCAGAACAUCAUUUGUGUCCCUCGGUGGGAGGAUGCUUUGGUGCUCCGAUGGUGGUUUCGUUGGGCAACAUUUUCCGCUACCAUUUGGGAUCCUUAGCCUUUGGGUCCUUCGCUCUCAUGCUGUGCACCGUGGCCCGUGUGGUCUUUGAGUACGUAGAGAGGCACACCAAGGAGGCGACGGACCAAAACCUCUUGGCCAAAACCAUUCGAUGCGUCACGAAGUGCUGCAUCAACAUGCUCUACGGAUGUUUGCGCUACCUCACCCAGUACGCCUACAUCUACAUCGCAGUGAUCGGAGAAGCUUUCGUCCCAUCAUGCUGCAAAUCCUUUCAGCUCUUCGCAAAAUAUCCAGCUCAGGUGGCUUUGAAUACAUUGACCACCUGGGCUUUGGGUUUCCUGGUCUCUUUGGGUGUGCCACUAGCACUGGCAGGACUGGCUUUUUUUGAGCUCCGAGAUUCCUUGGUGACGUACCAGGCUUGUGCCAUCGCCCUGAUGAUCUUGGCCUUCAUCGUUUCACACAUGGCCGUGGGAGUCUAUGAUGUGAUCGUGACGACUCUGUUAAUCUGCGCAAUGCGUGAUGAAGAACUCUGUGGAGCUCAAUUCAUGAGUGACAGCCUGAGCCACGCAGCGGGGCCGAAGGCGGUGGUGAUGGGCAAAUCCUGGGGGGCUCGGAUGGCCGCAGAGGUGGCGGCGCUAGACGACAUUGUGGCAGUUGGUUUAGUGGCUCCUUCAUUGGGUGACCAGGAUCAGGUGCACGCCUUGUUGUCCAAGAUACAGGGCCGCGCCCGGGCGCCUGGUGACCCUGGUUCGCCAGAUGGCAACAUGUUGUGGAGCAAAGGAUCCGAUGGUUCAGAUCACUUCUCCAUGUGCUACGCUCCGGCCCUGGUGGGCGGUGGCUUUGGUCCCAGUGGCGGCCACCUCCAAUGCGACGCAGGCUCCUAUUUCUUCACCGAGUCGCCCAAGUUCUGUUGCACGAACCCUCGGGUUGACAUCAAUGGUACAACCGUAUUCGCCAAGAAGAAGGAGCUUUGCGGGGACACACUGGCAAAUUUCAACGAGGAUUCACAGCAGAUCAAGUUUCUGCGUGGGCCACAGGCCAACGCAAGACAGGAGGAUUUAGACGACCUGGCAGCGGCUGGGCGGGGCGAUACGGUGCCCUCAGUGGUGGGCUUCAAGGCUGUGAAGAAGGACGAGGAUUGGCAACGUGUGAAUCAAGCAGUUUGCAGAGGCGAUCGUGGCACCUUAAUCACCUGGACGAACACCGGCAAGGAGAGUGAUGGACACAAGGCCCAUGCAGAGCUGUGUCCCACUGGCACCGUGCCCGUGCAGGGAAGGGGAUACAUGUCCUUCCAGUGUGAUGGGCACGUCAUCAAGGAGAGAAGGUACUAUUGCUGCAAAAUCAACGGGCAAUUGCAGUGCGCUUCGCAGCUGGUAGACACAACAGCCAUGGACCCCAACUGCAAUUGUCACCAGAACAAUGUGUUGGGGGUGGCGCAGGAUCUGAUGGUUCCCUGGUUGUCACUGCUGAUGCUCCGCCGGCGCAAAAGUAGUGCAGCUGAAUUCUUGUGA